AUCAUUUUUUAAAAUCUGGGACACUAUGGGCUUGUUUACAUUAUGAAAGAGAGAAUAAAAAGCUAGAUAAAUGUAUCUUGGUUUGCAUAAUCAUUGCCAUUGCGUUCGACGUACCACCCUGAAUUGUGGCCAUCAAUCGCGGGAAAAUCAAGGUGUAUGUGUGCGCACUCCACAUAAACCUGACACAGUUCAGACAAAAAUGUCCUCAUAUUUGCACAACAGCGUAAGUUUGUAUUGUUUAUUUGGAGGGUUCAGAGUCAAUGGAUCCCAUGAUUUUGAUUAUUUUCCAGGGGGGUCACACUGACCUGUCUGUAAUAUUGUGAGGGGUCAUGACCCCCCGCCCCCACACACACACACAAUUCUACACCCCUGCCUUUGCAUACGCCACAUUUAUACAUUUCUGCAAGUAUACACAACAAAAUUAUCUUCAAUAUGUCUCUGGAAAUGUAGAAUAAUGUAAACAAGCCCUUUGUCUUGUGAAAUGUUAAAAAUGUACAUUUAAGCCACAUAGCAGAUACUCUUAUACAGAAUGAUUUACAACAGUUAGUCCAUACAUUCAUUUCACCAUACUGCGCCCCGUAAGACUCAAACGCACAACCGUGGUGUUGUUAGCGCCAUGCUCUACCAACCAAGCUUCAUAGGAUCACCAAUGGAGUAGCUGUUGUACAAUAUGGAUCAUGCAUUUGCAAAAUGUAACAAAUCUUUAUAUUUAGGUUCUAUGUAUAACCUUCUGUAAAGAGUUCUUCCUAACACCAAACAUGGUUUACCUAUGGGAAUAACCUUAAAAAACCUUUAUUGUUCUAUACUUUUUUUUGAGUGUAGUCAAACAGUGUAACCAAUAUUCUUUGUUGAGGAAACCAGUAUAUUUAGCAAAAACAGAACUAACUUACUUUACAAUUGUCUCAUCUUGACAGAACCAUGCCACUUAGCAGUUAGCAUCAUGCUAACAUCUCCCAGUAGUACCAUGAAUAAGGCCUAUUCCUCUAGCAAGAUUGUGUACAAUACAGGACUGUAAAUGGAUAAGCCAGUUGUGUAAUCUCCUGUAGUUCCACCCAGUGUUGGUAGAGCAUGGCACUUGCAACACAUAAUGUAACACAUUUCUAUGUUUAUUAUGCUACGUCUGGCGUGUGCGACCCUGCUGAGGUCAAGCAUCAUGUUUGUGUCUGUGAACUCCUUAGAUAAUAGAGAAGGAAUGAUGGGAGAGAGGGAAGAGGAGAGAAGUAGAAACAGGUGUGUUGGUGGGCGGGUGAGUUAGUGUUAGGGGGUGGGGGAAGGCAGAGGGGACCGGUGAUAUUUAAGCCGCUGUCCGACUCUCUCUUCAUUUAUCUUAUACAUCUCUCCUUCACUCCAUCUCUCUCUCAUCUCUCUCCCUCUUCGUCAAAGAAGUACCUCCAUCAGCACUCAGGUAAAAUGGACGCAUUCAAGCUGAGUUGUGUCUCUCUUCUUGUCUGUAAUAACUAAUAAUUAUUUUCUGGAAUUAACUAUACCCUUGUUUUUAUAUUUGUGGCUUGUUGGAAGAACAGUAUUUGUUACAGUAAUCUGCCCUGGGAGUAGCCCUUGGAAUCCAGAGCAAUAAGACUUAUGGGGCGAUAAGUUGAGCUCAUCACCUUAAAAUGUAUUUACUUGGAAAUAACAGUACCUGCGAUCUAAUGCUUAGACAAUUAUUUUAAUCUUUAAGUAAAAAUAUUUUCCUUUUUCAAAUUUUCUAAUUAAUUAGUUAAUAAUCUUCACUUUACAUGGGGAAUUGUUAAAAGUGUCAACAAAACGUACGUUCAGAGUAAUGUGCCAGAAAAGCAUUUGUCUGCUAUAUUUCAAGUGCUCAAUAUUGUGUUACUGUCAACAGUUUGGUCGCCAUGGUUAGCAUUUGUCUUCUGUCUGUCAAUGAGUCAACUGACCCAUAUAGAUGUUCUUGUCAGAGCCAAUCUCUCUCCUCUACCAUGCUUUUUUGCCUUCUUCUACUCAUUACUGAGAUAAAUUAUCUUUCUUUACCAAAAUAGAUAAUGUUAAUAAGAUGAUGUUUAUUAUGUCACAAGUCAACUUAAGUCUGCAACUUUUGUGCCUACAGUAUUAAUGCUGCUUUAACAAAUAGAAUGAUAAUUCCACAGUUAUUCAGUGAAUAAGAAUCUGCUGAAGCAGAUUCUGUUAUCAAAAUGUAUACUGGACUGAUGUUAUUUCCUGUAAUGCGGGGCUAGCUACAGCACUGUGGUUUGAAUCCAACUCAUAAUGCAAACUUUUUGGGACCUUCACUCAUCCCUACACUAUUUAAUCCAGCACAUAGCCUGGCACACCUACCAUUUAAAGUUGACCUUAUUGGGAAUUAAAAUAUCAUCCAAUGAGGGUGAACUUACAAAUACUACAAGGAAUGGUUCCAAAUAGAAUUGUAUUUCUGAUGUUCGAAAAUCUAAACAAACAGCUUUGCAUUCAGUCAAGCCAAAGCCAACCACUUUACUUUACAAAAGAGAAGCUAACUAGCUUGCCGACAAUAUUAUAUUCAGUGUUGGGCAGGAAACAGAUGAAAUAGAUUAAGGAACCCCAUUCCUUCUUGCCAGAAUUUCACACUACUAGUACUAUAUCCCUUCUAAAAUCUAAUUAUACAACCUUAAUGGCUUACAUUACAUUUUUUAUUAACAAUACCCUUCAAUUAAUUGAAUGAUGAAUUCUAUAUUUCUCACUCAAAUUAAGAGAACCGAUAAAAAAUAUAAAAGUUGUAAUGAGAUAUACCUGUUCUGUACCGCCCCCAAAAUUAAAAUGAAUAAAGGUUAACGUCAGUUAAGGGAUAGGUUUUGCAGUAGUGAGAGAUUGUAGUGGCCUCAGGUUUUACUAUAGAAGGUUUGACGUGUGAGUGUGUGUGUGUCUAUGUGUGUUGUACAUGUGCAACUCGGGUUACCAGACUACCUGGACUGAGCUACUGAUUGUGUUUGCCAUGUAGUUUAUCUGCUUUUUAACAGCAUUGUGUUUCACUCCUGUCACCGUUACAUGAUCGAUAUGAUUCUGAAAACCAUGACAACUCCAUCUUAAGUUACUGCAGUGACUUUAUUGUUACUCAACAAGUAGCUCUCAAGUCAAAUGAGAGAUAAAAAAACAAAGAGAAACUGAUCCUCUUACAAUAUUACAGGUGUUAAAAAAGUGAUUAAAUAAUUGGUGUGUUGACUCUCUAACCAGGUUGAAGGCUUUUCACCCCAACUACUAGCUAUGUGAGUCAGUGUCUUUGACAAUGACCUAUCUGUGUCUGUGUGUGCAACAGUCUCUCCAACGAAACCAGCUCAAGAAGACUGCAAGAUGCCGGAAACAAUGUGUUAUGUCCAAGGAACCUUCUUCCAACCUGGAGAGUGCCAUGCAGAUGCUGAUCAAAACCUUCCACAAGUAUUCUGGGAAGGAAGGGGACAAGUACACUCUGAGCCGGGGAGAGCUGAGAGAGCUUCUUACAGAGGAGUUGGGAAGUUAUCUUGGCAAUGCCAGGGAUGGUGAAGGGGUUGAGAAGGUGAUGAACGACCUGGACGCCAACAGCGACGGCGAGGUGGACUUCACCGAGUUCAUAAUCCUGAUGGGAGCCCUGACGGUGGCCUGCAACGACUUUUUCAUGGAAUACAAGCCUGAAAAACUUGUUCACACGCCCUUCGAGAAGAAGGAGGCAAAUACAGAGGCGAAGAAAGACUGAAGGAUGGAGGGAAAUGGGGCGGGGGGCUGGCUGAGCAGGGGCAAUGAACUGUGGUGCACAACUGCAAAAGGGUGCAAUGUUAUGUUAUGGGAUUUCCGAACAGUGUGAAUUGUGAAAGAGGCUGAGGAACCUAUCAGACACUGCUAAAGUAAGAUUUAUCUGAUGGACAGUCAGAUAGAAAAAAAGCAGUCUGUUCUCUCUGCAACUAUCCAAACAGUUUUCCUACCAAAAUUAAUUCACAGAGCUCAACCCAGAGACUCUGUGUUUUCAUAAUCACAUAGGCAGUGUAUAGGGCAGUGUGUGUGGUCUUUAUACAGUCACAAAUUCCUAUUCAACAAUUAAUAUGCUUUAGUUGUAUAUCCAGGAGGGAUUUCAUAGAAAAUUUUAUUUUUUUGCAGUGGAUGUAAUUGCAACACACCACCUACUGAAUCAGAUCUGAGCAUGAAACACAACAGGUUGAUUGUCAGUGUCAAAUUAACCUGACAAUGAUGAAACUUAGACAUAGAUCUUAUAGAUACCGAAUCAUUAUUUCAGAUAUUUAUUAUACAUUCAUUAUAUACAGAUAUUCAGUGUUGAGCAUUUGAAUAUAAUUUACCAUUUUCUUUUCAACUAUUUUAUUAUCAUUGUUUUGGUAAUUACCCAUGCCUUAUUAAAAAUAUUAAACUUGACAUUUAACCAGCUAUCAAUCAACAUUCCUUGUUCUUUGGCAGUGAAUAAAUAUGUCUUCCUGUAGCUUGAUAGUAAUAUACAUGUAAUAUACAUGUCAUGUUUUUUGCCAAAAUGUGCCUCAUGUCAUCUAAACCCCUAACUUUAAAACUUGGAAUUUCAUGGCUAACUGACAUGUGAUAGUGAUUAUGCUUAUAAAUUAUGCACAUUUGAAAAACGUAUUGCACAUCCAGCCCAAAAUAGGAUGUCUAAAAAGAAAUGUAUUCAAAAAAGUCCCGGACCAUUUUGUUCACCACAAAUCAAAAGUACUGUCAGCCUUCACGGAUUUGUCCAUUGGUUAAACCCAAGGAUAGCUAUUGUUUAUGUGCAACUAAACUGAUCUUCAUGUCAAUAAAUGGCAACCUGUAAACUGAAUGGAUACCAAAGUUUGGUUUGUGGCCUGCUCAUGCUCUGAACAGUUCCUUUGGCUCGUCAAAAGUGAAACUAAGUUGACUCUUUUGUCAUUUGAAUUUGUUGAUGAUAGGGAGACAUUCCCCAAAAUUUCAAUGUACAUGCUAACGGCCUAAAAGUCUACAUUGUCAUAAUGCGCAAUAAAAAUUAUAGAUUA